AUGGUGGAAGACUCAGAAGACCUAAAAGGCUCUGGAAGUCAGAGAAUAUGGACAGAAACACCCAUCAGGAGAGAGAACCGAUUUAUUGAUACAGUGCUGAGCUACCUCAUGGGUCCAAGGUUUCUGGUUUAUGCAAGCUGUGCACUUUCUAUAUGGGGAGAUCGAAUGUGGCACUUUGCCAUGUCUGUAUUCCUGAUAGAAUUGUAUGGACAUAAUCUCCUUCUAACAGCUGUUUUUGGGUUAGUGGUGGCUGGCUCAGUACUAGUGUUUGGGGCCUUAAUUGGAGAUUGGAUUGAUAGAAAACCAAGAAAUAAAGUUGCUCAUGCAUCGCUGUUCAUUCAGAACUCCUCUGUCACUGCCUGCUGCGUAGUGCUGAUGUUGGUGUUCUCUUACAAAAGCGAGAUUGAGCAAAUGUGGCACGGCUGGUUUACUGUGUUCUGUUAUGCCGUGGUAAUCAUCUUAGCCGAUCUGGCAAACCUGGCAAGCACAGCGCUGACGAUAACCGUUCAGAAAGACUGGAUUGUGGUCAUCACAGGUGAUAACAGAGGCCAGCUGGCUGGAAUGAAUGCAGCUAUAAGAAGAAUGGAUCAAGUCAUAAAUAUCUUUGCUCCCCUGUCUGUGGGGCAGGUUAUGACCUGGGCCUCUAAUGUCAUUGGCUGUGGAUUUAUUCUUGGAUGGAACUUGAUCUCUCUUCUGGUAGAAUUUAUAUUCCUAUCCAGGGUGUAUCAACUAGUGCCUCCUUUGGCUGUGAAAUCUCAACAGAAUGCAGGAGAAUAUGAACUUAAACUUCUAAAUAUCUUCCAAAAUAUGCACAAGGCACCGACGGAGCAGAAAUCCAGUCCUGAAAUGCAACGCAAGUCAGUCACAAAACUGCCUCUUUGCUUCAGAAAAAUGCACAGGAUGCUGUGUACGUGCAGAGAUGGCUGGAAAGCAUAUUAUAGGCAGUCUGUCUUUUUAGCAGGCUUGGGUUUAGCCUUCUUGUACACCACAGUGCUUGGCUUUGACUGUAUCACUACAGGGUACGCCUACACGCAGGGGAUCAGUGGCUCUCUUCUCAGCAUACUCAUGGCACUUUCUGCCUUCUCAGGACUAAUGGGCACAAUUUUGUUUACUAAGCUAAGGAAACAUUAUGGCUUGGCUGUCACAGGAGUCGUAUCCAGCCUCCUCCAUGUAAGCUGUUUAAUGCUGUGUGUGUUUUCAGUCUUUGCCCCCGGCAGUCCUUUUGACUUGGGUAUUUUCUCUCUUCUCACAAGUAAGAACUCUUCCUUAAACCAAGAGACACUGCAAAAGAACCAGCUGCAUAUUUACCCAUUCCAAAGAAACAUCAACCAACCCAUACUGCCAGAUCGUUCUUCAAUUCAUUGGACUAAUAACACAGUGCUGUUGGACAGCGUGCAUGGGAGCGAUCACCCAGAAUCCUAUAUUUCAAUCAUUCUCUUGUUCUCAGGGGUGAUACUAGCCAGAAUUGGUCUUUGGUCAUUUGACUUGACUGUGACCCAGCUUCUUCAGGAGAACAUUCCAGAAUCAGAGCGUGGGAUAGUCAACGGUGUGCAGAGCUCUAUGAACUACUUGAUGGACCUUGUACAUUUCAUUAUGGUUAUUCUAGCUCCUCAACCGCAACAAUUUGGGUUGCUGGUGAUAAUUUCCUUACUGUUUGUGAUAACGGGGCAUGUCAUGUAUUUUAUUUAUGCUAAAAAAUAUAAAAUUAAAGAAACUGUGAUACAAACAACAGGGAGGAAGCCACAGAAUCCCUCUGUCUGAAAGUAUCAAUCUUUUAUUUUAAAAUUAUCCUAUCAUUCAUGGAGUAUAGGUUAUUUGCAUAAAAAUGUUGACUAAACUCAACACACUAGCCAAAAUGUUCCUCUGUUUCUAUUUCCACCUCAAACACACUGCUAUAUCAUGAAAAAUAAAGAACAAAAUACUAACUGGAAGACUUAUUUUAAAACACUUAAAGACUGUGUUUUUUAA